GAGCUCAAGGUGAACAAUGUUGGGAGAUCAGGGACGUCGCUAGUUUAACAACAAGCGGUGAAUCGACAGCUUCAAUAGCACAAGGACGUCAUGGCCUAAGCCACAUCUUGGUUCACUUGCGGUAUUGAGCUACAAAUCCAUGGAGUCACGAUACAACUUUGUGGUUUGUGAUUUCAUCAUAAUGGUUCGAGCAACACCAUGGUUCUAGCAAUAUCAUGGUUGGAACCUUGUUUACUUGAGAUCAUCAUUGCUUUAGCAAUGUUGCGGGCUCAACAAUGACAUUGUGGUUCAAACAAUGUCGCAGUGUGAGCCAUGGUUUGCAAACUUGUUGGCUCAAGAAAAACGAAGUAGCUCAAACUAUCUUGCGAGCUCGAUGUCAUGGUUAGCAGAGAUUUAGUAGUGGCUAGAUCAUUAUGUGAGCCACAAUGUGAACCUAGUGACUCAUUAAUCUAUGAUAAACCCAUGAGAGCCUAGUUUUAGGCGACCAGACUAUUAUCCGACACACGUGAGCUUCAUGCAAAGAAAAAUGAAGAGUGAGAUGCAGAGCGGCAAAGACUACAACUUCCUACACGAGGGUGAACAACGUAGGAGAUUACCUAGACAACUCGGUGAAUAUGAAGAUAGAUCACAAAUGGGUUAUUCAGCAAAUGCACUUUUGUCAUAUUAACUUUUCUCUUUAACUCCUAGUUGUCAAGCUCCUUCAAUGAAGGAUUCUUCAAAGGUGUUAACAGUAUGAUAAGUGCAUAAUUAUACAUAUGAUGUUUGGCUUGGUUUAGUUGUUCAUUGACCUAUUUUAAGUUAGUAUGUACUUAUUUUGUCACAUUCUAUAUCCAAGUACGUGAAUAUGGCAUAGGAGCGAGUUUUGGAACAUUUGGAAGCGAGGAACGACCCAGGAGAAAUUUCUAUGUCACAGCCAGGGCGACUAAUCUAUCGUGCAGUGUAGACCAAAUUUAUUUGGCCAUAAGGCUAGGAUCGUAUUCUCUCAGGCCUCUUGCGGAACCCUUACUUCGGAAGCGAGGAACGACCCAUCCUUGACCUGGCCUGUUUUCUCUAUUCCAUGCAUUGAUUCCAGUGGACCUCAUGGUGUCUUAGUUUUCAUUGAUGAAUAUCCCAGAACCCUCCUAUCCCAUGAAUCAAAUUUUCAUUUCAUCUGGGCCUUCCCAUGGCUGGCUAAGUUCCUUAGUUGUGUAGGUAUGUAAACCCUAGGGUCGGGGUUCUAACGAUAUAAACUCGAUAAUUUGGUUUAGUACGAUUGUUUAAUUUUCAUAUGUGUGAUGCUUGAUUUCAUUUAUUUUGUUAUUUUUUUUAUUCAAAUGAUUGUUUAGUCGAACUUGCACUCCUUCAAGGUGUAAGGAUAUAUAUCUUAGUCAUUUAGGAUGAGCCUAGAAAUAGCAGUUCUACUCGAUCGAACCUCAUUCGAUUAAACGAAGUGACGCCUCAAGGAAGAAAUAACAAUUAUUUUAAUUAACAAUGAGAAUUAUUCUAGCUCUUGAGGAUCAACGUGGAGGCUCCCUUCUCACCCAACGAUUUAUGCUUACUGGAUACAAGAAGGAGAGGACGCCCCGUCGUCGUCGCCCCUGUCGUUUGUCAUCGGAGUAGGGGAGGAGAGAGAGAAUUGGGUGGAGCACCCCAAGGCGAUUCAAACUCCGUUGACGGUACUUGCACGUUCCAUGAGGGCCCACGAAGCUUCUCCACUGAUUGGAUUGGUUCGAACCACCCAGACUAGAGGAUCCAAUUCGGGCUUAAUCACCUCUGCAAAUGCUCAAACACGACCAAAAUUUGAGCGAAUGGGUUGGAGCAAUUGAGGAUGCGUCGACACCAAUUGAAAUUGCAGAAUCAAUCGGAGGAAAUGCUCGAAGCUAUAGGAAGCCUCAAUUUCAAUCAGGAAACACAGGAGUGAAGACGCCCAAAUCCGAAUUGAAAUUUCUGGGUUCUGAAAUUUUGAAACUCGACAAUGGCGGGAAAUGAGGAAAAGAUGAUUCAACGAAGACGAGGGAGAAUCGAGCCGGGAAACAAGUUCAGAAUGACGAUUGGAGUUGUGGCGCAGAGGAUAGUCACCCUGAACAGAACUAGGCAUGUCUAAAACAAAAAUCCUCAAUUCCAUGGAUGAAGAACUAUGUCCUAGUUUUCCAGCAUUGGCAGUUUGAGAUGCCAUCUUUCGAUCCGAUUUGGGAUAAUUUUUGUGCAGAUUUUGACAAUAGGAAGGCACCACCUUUGAGGACAAAGCUUUUGCAGAGGGAGAGCCUGAUACAACCCUGGAUUGCCUCAUUUCCAAGUUGGGAUUACUUGUCCAAGAAGCUUCUCCAACUCAGUUGAACAAUCUGGAUAUUUGGCUAAGUAUAUUGAUGAGUUAAGGAAGCCUUCUUUGGGAGCUUGGUUUUUCUAAUUGGGUUGGUGGAAAUGUGGGUUCAGGGUAUUGUUUUGAACCUAGAGUUCUCCUCUACAACUUGGAGUGUCUGGAAGCUCGAGGAGAAACUCAUAAGAUCAUUUUCAAGGCUCGACAAAAUGCCUCCUCAACACAAGAAAACUAUCAAAAUCUGCCUAAGUAUAAAACUGUGUUCAGGAAGGCUACUUUGAAGCUCUAUUCCAUGAAGAUGAUUUCGAAUCAGUACAGGAGCUUCCUACUACAUGAAAGUAUUCAUAUUAAUAUACAGAGCAGAGGCAUUGGAUGAUUUAUUGCAUACCUGGGAGUCAUCAAUCGAGGGCCUCAAAGAUUGCCUCAAGGGUUGUUUGGUGACUUGGAGCUAAAGGCAGGAUUCUUUCCUUAUGUGAUUCAGAUUAUUAUUCCUUUUAGAACGCCUUACCUUGUUUAGAAGUCUAGCUAGGAUCUAUUUAAGCUUUCGAUUGCGUUGUAAUUGAACUCAAGUUUUAUCAAAUAACACAUUUUGUUCAUAGAGCCUUGUCUCGUGAAUCUGUCCUUGUUUGCGUGGAUUUGAUUCCAUCAACCAAGCGAGCUCAGCAUCAAUUGAGCAUACACCUCAAUUGUGGACGAGAUUGCUACCACAAACUCAAUCGAGCCUCUUCCCCAACUCGACGAGAAGUUGCACAUUCGAACCACCCCUUUCUUUCCCCUGUUUUUGUUGUCCAGAAUCCCCAACUCUUGCUUUGUGGGAAUUGAGGCCAAUCAAACGCCUUAGUCCGAGGUUUGGGCAUUAUCGGUUUCCAUAUAAACUCUUUAGUGUGUAAAAUCGGACUAAAUUGCACUUUAAAGU